UCCUGCUGCGGUGCGGGCGGGGAGUGGGAGCCGCAGCAUCUCCGGCACCGUCUGCGGAGCGGCCAGUGCGUGCGGACCAGCUCCCGGCACCGGGCGGCGGCGGAUGGUGCUGGGUUUUCCCGGGAGCCGGGUGCCGUGCUGACGGAGCCGGAGGGAGGGAGGGAGUGUGUGUGCCGUGGGCGGCGGCGAUGGAGCUGCGGGAGGAGGCCGGCUUCCUGGGCUGAAGCGGCGGCGGCGGCAGCAGAGGCCGGCUCGCCGACACCAUGCCGGUCCGCCGGGGCCACGUCGCGCCUCAGAACACCUACCUGGACACCAUCAUCCGCAAGUUCGAGGUCCAGAAUGCUGCCUGGCCUGCUGAGUUCCUCCAGCAUCAUUGUGUUUUACAUCCAGAUUCCAGCAUCUGCAGUCCUUUGUUUCUCCAGUUGAAGAUCGGAAGUUUCUCAUUACCAAUGUUCGGAUGAAAAACUGCGCCAUUAUCUUCUGCAACGAUGGCUUUUGCGAAAUGUUCGGCUACUCCAGGGUGGAGAUCAUGCAGAAACCUGGCACUUGUGAUUUCCUGACUGGGCCAGCCACCCCGGAGAAUGCUGUGGCACAGCUGGCACAAGCUCUGCUCGGGUCGGAAGAGGUGAAAGUAGAACUGCUGUACUACAGGAAAGAUGGCUCGUGCUUGCCUUGCCUGGUGGACGUGGUCCCGGUCAAGAACGAGGAGGGGGCGGUUGCCAUGUUCAUCAUGAACUUCGAGGAGCUGAGGGGCACCUCACACAAGCCGGCCAGAGGGAGGAAUCACCGGCUGCCCACAGACUGCUGCACUUCCAGUCGAGGGAAGGUCUUUAAACUGAAGCUGCCCUCUCUGCGGACAAUGACCCUGAGCCAGCAGUCCCUGGCCAAGGAGGGCUUCGACGCGGUGGCCGAUGAGCAGCUGCAGUCGGACAGAGACUCGUUGGCCAUGCAGGACCUGCGGGGGUUUCGUAGCGACAACUGUGUCAAGCCUGAGGCAGCUGAGUGGGAAUCUCUGACAGACCUCAUCGACAAAUCAGCAGUGCGCGGACCCAGGAGUGAUCCCUCGCCGGGACGGGGGCGUGAUCCGGAUCCAGAGCUGCGAUGUACCAACACCAACCUGAUGCAGCUCCAGUCCGGGGAGAGUUGUCCCAGCAUCAGGAGGGCUUCCUCUGUGGACAACAUCGAGCUGAUGAGGAACAAGUUUGAGAAGAAAUUCAAGGAGAAGAAACCACCUUCAGGAGGGUCGAAGAACUUUAAACCAAACCUCUUGAACUCCACGUCGGACUCGGACCUGAUGAAGUAUCGAGCUAUCAGCAAGAUCCCACAAAUCACCCUCAACUUCGUGGACUUUAACCCUGACAUCAUCUUGACACCCUCACCCACAGAGAUCGAGAUCAUCGCCCCGAGCAAAGUGAAGGAGAGAACCCAGAACGUCACAGAGAAAGUCACACAGGUCCUGUCGCUGGGAGCAGACGUGCUGCCAGAGUACAAGCUGCAAGCUCCUCGCAUUCACAAGUGGACCAUCCUUCACUACAGUCCCUUCAAGGCAGUUUGGGACUGGCUGAUCCUGCUGCUGGUGAUAUACACUGCCAUCUUCACCCCCUACUCCGCCGCCUUCCUCCUCAAUGACCAGGAGGAGGAGAAGCGGUGGGAGUGUGGCUACUCCUGCAACCCACUGGCCAUCGUGGACCUCAUCGUUGACAUCAUGUUCAUCAUCGACAUCAUCAUCAACUUCCGCACCACCUACGUCAACGAGAACGAUGAGGUGGUGAGCCACCCGGCCAAGAUCGCCAUCCACUACUUCAAGGGCUGGUUCCUCAUCGACAUUGUGGCUGCCAUCCCCUUUGACCUGCUCAUCUUCAGGUCUGGCUCGGAUGAGACCACCACCCUGAUUGGUCUCCUGAAGACGGCUCGCCUCCUGCGGCUGGUGCGGGUUGCCCGCAAGUUGGAUCGUUACUCGGAGUACGGAGCCGCAGUGCUCUUCCUGCUCAUGUGCACCUUCGCACUCAUUGCCCACUGGCUGGCGUGCAUCUGGUAUGCCAUCGGCAAUGUGGAGAGACCUUACAUGGUUCACAAGAUCGGCUGGCUAGACAACCUGGGGGACCAAAUCGGGAAGCGGUACAAUGACAGUGAUGCCUCAUCGGGACCCUCCAUUAAGGACAAGUAUGUGACAGCUUUAUACUUCACCUUCAGCAGCCUGACCAGUGUCGGAUUUGGGAAUGUUUCUCCCAACACCAAUUCCGAGAAGAUCUUCUCUAUCUGCGUCAUGCUGAUUGGCUCUCUCAUGUACGCCAGUAUCUUCGGAAAUGUGUCGGCUAUCAUCCAGCGCCUGUACUCGGGCACCGCCCGCUACCACACCCAGAUGCUCCGAGUGAAGGAGUUUAUCCGCUUCCACCAGAUUCCCAACCCAUUGAGGCAGAGACUGGAGGAAUACUUCCAGCACGCGUGGUCCUACACCAACGGGAUCGACAUGAAUGCGGUGCUGAAGGGUUUCCCCGAGUGCCUGCAGGCCGACAUCUGCUUGCACCUGAACCGCAGCCUGCUGCAGAACUGCCGGGCCUUCAGCGGGGCCAGCCCCGGCUGCCUGCGUGCCCUCGCCAUGAAGUUCAAGACCACGCACGCCCCUCCCGGCGACACGCUGGUGCACCACGGCGACGUCCUCACUGCCCUCUACUUCAUUUCCCGCGGCUCCAUCGAGAUCCUGCGCAACGACGUGGUGGUCGCCAUCUUGGGGAAGAACGACACCUUCGGAGAGCCGAUCAGCCUAUAUGCCAGGCCGGGAAAAUCUAACGGUGACGUGAGGGCACUAACGUACUGUGAUUUACAUCGGAUUGUACGGGAGGACUUGCUGGAGGUAUUGGACAUGUACCCUGAUUUCUCCAGCAACUUCUGGACAAAUUUGGAGAUCACUUUCAAUCUCAGAGAUACCAACAGAAUCCUUCGCUCACCCCCAAGUGAGGAUUCCGACUGUGGGCACAGACAGCUUCAUCAGAACAAGCUUUCCUUCCGGGACAGGAGUGACAUUGAUGUUAAGGGUGCCGGAGGGCCUGAUGGUGACCAGGUUCCACUGAUGACCCAGCGAAGCCGGCCAGCAAGGGACUACAGCAGCAUGACGCCGUGCUCCCAGUCCAGUGACGAGAAUCUCAAGGCUUCAAGCUGCAGCAUCACGGAGGUGAAGAACAGAUUCCCUGGCACGGCUGUGAAUCCCAUCUCUCCCAGCUUGGGCCACCUGCAGAACAGAAGCAAAGGCAAUGGGUCCAAUCCCUUCACAGGUACGUACACCACUGUGUCCAACAUGUUCAGCUUCUGGACCGAAAGGAAGGGCAUCGAGUGCCUGGAGUCACACAGGCGUUCGUUGUCAGCUCACGCGAACCUGGAGACAGCAUCCAGCAUAGAGGAACGGGCCAGGCUGGAGGUGGAGUCCCGGCUCGAGAUGCUCCACGCUCAGCUGAACAGGUUGGAGACCAGGAUGACAGCGGAUAUCAAUGUCAUCCUGCAGCUGCUGCAGAGACAAGCAGUGCCAGCUCCUGUGCCACCGGCCUACAGUGCUGUCUCCUCCGUGUCUCACCCCAUCGACGUGUACUCUCCCGUCUCAGCGGAAUCCGAGCUUGCACCCUCUGCUCAACCUACCUCUCCGCUUCAAACAGCUGCUCUGGAGAGUCCAUGCUACGUCAAGUCGGAGCAAGGCCAGGUGAAAUCCCGGGAAUCCUUGUCCAGUGGAGUGCAGCUGGGUCAGGCUGUCAGUCUUCACCCUCUCCCUGCCCUGGGCGCACAGCUCCAGAGCCCUGUCUCCUCGCCCACCUGCUUCAGCACGGCUCGUUUCCCCUCACUCCCAGAGCACUUGGAAACCUCUGCAUGCACAGACAUUAAGAGGCAUGUUUCUGACCCGGUCCUUCCAGGUAGUUAGUGAUUUAAUCAGGAGUUUCAGGAACUUCCAUCAGUCUCCCCUCCAUUUUCUAAGCAUACCAUGUUGGCACUGAUCUGGAUGUAUGCCCAUGGUUGGGAGAACAGGCGGGAUCGUGUCACUGGAGCUGCUCUCGGACACUGACACAGAUCGGACGUGUAGGAGUUAGACAAGACGAAAAGGGAAUGAAGCAAGACUGAUUGACUUAUUUUUAUCACUUUGUUUUUAAGGUAUUUAUCAUUCACAGGAAAAGAACCACGCAGAAUUCUAUGAGCAGUCUCAGAAUAUUCGGUCAACAUUGUCCGCAACUGCAACACAGGCCUAGUUGCUGAUUGGCAAUGUUCAAUGGGUUCGACUGGAUAUUGUUGGAUUGUAAUGGAGGAACAGAGGGUGUGCACUGAGACACAGUGGACCUUUACUCUGUGUCUCAUCCUGUUGUGCCCGGUAUUAAUAGCUAUAUGCUAAAGGGAGCUGCCUCUUUGUACACUGAAUAUAAUAUGAAUUUCUGACAAUGUGUAAGAGGGCAAUUGCAGAUUGGCUGAGGACUGUGCCUCUGCCUGGCAUUCCUUUCCAUCGCACUCCAUCAGGUAGCAUGCCCUAACCGUGCAGACUCUACCAGAGCCUGAUUUACUCCAUUGACGGCACUUCAAAUUCCACAAGUGCUAGCAAUGUAGCACUCCUGCAGAUCCCCUCCUACCUUGCAUUCCAUCAACACUUAAACCUGAGGGUGAUAGAUUUGGCUUUUUUCAUGAAGUUUCUCAGUGUGAGUGUUUCCAGUGGUCCUGUGUCCCACACGCCCACAAUGUGUGAUGGGUCACAGCCAGUGAACACUCCCUGCACCAACCACCCUGUCCACACAAUCACCUCAUUUGUGCCCAGUUCCUGUAGAUUUCAGAUCAACUCUUGCUGGCCUCACAACCCGGGAGAUGGAGACUCAGUUGGGACUCAUUUGCUGAAAGAUGAGUGAAAUCCGACUUAGCAAACAAAAAUAAGGGCAAUAAUUUGAUUGGUCUAGCAACCUUGUUGAAGGAGACAGAUUUGCAUUGGGAGUGUUCAAUAAACAGUAAUCCUACAGUCUGAGCAAUGUUGUCAUUAUUGGACUGUGAAUCAGAUGAGCAGGUUCUGGGCCACCAAGGGAGUGCUGGAUACAGGAGAUCCAUCUUUUGGAAAAGACUAACUCAGGACACCAUCUGGGCUCAGAAGGAAGAUCACAUUAUUCUGACUAAUAAACAUCCCCCGAUUUUCCCCCGCCCCCACCACACACACACAGCGCAGAAACAGGCCCUUCAGCCCACCACGUCUGUGCUGACCAUCGAACACCCAUCUACACUGACCCUAUUUACCAGCACUUGGCCCAUAGCCUUCCAUGCCUUGGUGAUUCAAGUGCUUGUCCAGGUGCUUUUUAAAUGCUGUGAAAGUCUUUGCCUUCGCCACCCCCUCAGGUAGUGUGUCCCAGGUUCCAGCCACCCCCUGGUGAAAAUGUUCUUACUCAGAUCUCCUACCCCUUAGCUUAAACCUAAUUCUUCUAGUUUAGAUCUCUCUGCUAUAGGGACUAGUUUCUUUGUAUCUACCCUAUCUACAUCUCCCGUAACUUCAUGCACCUCUAUCAGGUACCCCCCUCAGUCUCCUCCUCUCCCAGGAAAACAAACCCCGCCUAUCCAGUCUCUCCUCCGAACUGAAAAGUUGGUGAAUUCUGGUGAAUCUACCAACCCUCUCCAGUUACAGUACUGUACCAGGUAAUCCAGCCCUGGCCCAACAGAAGUUUUAUAAGAUUGUAUCAAACCUUCCCUGCUCCUAUACUCUAUGCCCUGGUUAAUGAAGGCAAGUAUCCUGACUAGUCACUUACCUCAAUACUUGGAAAUUAGCUGCUGUACAUUGACACAGGUGAUUGGUAUGAUUGGGUGUUGGGGCAUCCAUGUGUGUUAGAUAAUCAGAAGAAUGUGAAGUGCUGCUUCAGGAGCUUGUGCAUACUCAAAAUACUAAUUGCCUUGUCAAAAUGCAUCUUACUAAUAGCAGUUCAUCAGGCUAGGACUAUGAUGUUUAGCUAACCGAAAAUCUCACCCAAAGUGCCUGUAACCAGCUCUCAAACUGUUCUGGGCAAUCAGAUUCUCACUCUGCAUCUCCUGACCAGGGCUGGCUUUUUUUUUUAAAACCAGCUCCCUGAACAAUCAAAGUGAAUGUUACAACACUCAACACCAAAAACCAGGUGCCCCAUUUCCUCCCACAGACCGGCUGCUUGUCGGACCCCAGUUGACCCUCCUCCUCCACGCCCCCUCCUUUCACAUGGGAUCUGAACUUGCAGGUACAUGAAAUAUUCAGCAUUUCAUUCUGGACCAAGUUACCACAGCAACAAUGGUUCUGUCUGCACAGAUAGAAUGAGUAAAGGUUCAAAUGAGGUGAAGGUGUCGUGGGAAUACAAUAGGAUGCAAACAUGUUCUCAGUUAUUAUUUCACUGAAGCAUAUAAUACUUCAGACAGUCGAGACUGGUAACAGUAUUGCUGGUGUGUACCUUCCAAAGCCCUUCCUGGCUGUGUGCAAGGGGAGCGCCCCGGUCUGACAGUCCCGGGUUCCCAUGGACUGGGACUCCACCCAGAACCAAGCAGCAACAGGCACUGCCUGCAACUGAAGGUUUCCUCACUGUUGUGGGGGUGGCUGUUACUGGGACUGUUAUAUAUCUGGUACAGGGAACUAAGGAGAGGGGGAACGCAGACUGAUGGGAGCAGGCAUGAAUCUGAUGGGUCAAAAGAGAGGAUAGUGAUGCUAGAGUGGACAAGGAAAGGCAAGCUGAGACCUAAGUGGAGCUCCACGGGCCGAGCUCAAUCCCACUCGUUCCUCACAGUUUUUGGAUUGUGACCGGUUUCAUCUCUUGGUACAAACCUGCAGAGAUAACGUUGGUUCAUUUCACUCACGAUGUGUCGACUGAGAGAUCCAAUCAUUUCACAAGCCACUACCUGCGGUCUAAAGACUACAUUUGCAUAAAUUUGCUUAGACUUCUUCUCCCAAGUAAAAUUCAGUUUAGACCAAAUGUUAUCAACUGACUCAACUGGACCCUCAGUAUAUUGGUUUAUUUCUGAUUACAGGGUACAUUACAUCAUAAAAUGAUCACAGUGUGUUCCUAUUGGUCCUUCUGUCAUUGGGUAACCUCAUCUCCAGGAUCAUCAUUAUAUUAUUGCAAUUUAAGUGCAUGAUUUUUUUAUUUGCAAUUUUAAUCACAUUCUAAUAUAAUAAAGUGAAUCUAUGUCAA